UUACCGGCACAACCCCCCCACGGAAGCUAAGUUUUCGAUCAAUCCAGUUUUAAUGUAAAAAUACCAUAUCUUGUUGAAUUUUGGUUCAUGUUAAUAUUAGGAGAUGUCUACGAAACACCGCAGCUAUUCCACUUCUGGAGAGUCAUUAUAUACUGUACUUGGCGUGCCAAAAACAUCAACUCCUCAAGACAUUAAAAAAGCCUACAGGCGGCUUGCCUUACAGUAUCACCCAGACAAGAAUCCAGAGAACCCAGAGGCAGAGGAGAAGUUCAAGGAACUGAAUCAUGCACACAGCGUGUUGACUGAUAACACGCGCAAGGAGAUAUACGAUGAAUACGGCUCCCUUGGUCUCUAUGUGGCUGAGCAGUUUGGCGAAGAAAAUGUGCAUGCCUACUUCAUGCUUAACAGUAAAUGGGCAAAGGGUUGUUUCAUCUUCUGCAGCGUCAUAACUCUAUGUUACUGCUGCUGUUGUUUCUGCUGCUGUUUCAAUUUCUGCUGCGGCAAGUACAAGCCUAAACCACCCGAGGAAUCUGGCGCCUACAUGAACCUCAACCAGGACCAAGAACAGGAGCAGCUGUCAGGUGGAGCCACUCCUGAACAGCAGACAGUAAUAAUUAUCUCUGAGCAGCCCACAUCUAGUAGUAAUAUUCCAGAAGCAAAAACGAGUCCUAAAUCAAGUCCAGCAAAGGAGGAUCUUAGCUCAGACGAGGAUGACGUUGUGACAUCGCAGCCACCCCUCGCCGAGGCCCAGUUGGCGCCAGGUGUCAGUGAGAGGACAAGUUUAAACAUGCAGCGCCCUCCCACCUAUGUAGGUGACACCGGCUGUGAUGAGAGAUCGUCAUGAAACACAUAGGUGGCGCUGGCGAGGCAGGCGUGACGAGGUGCGGUCACUGCUUUUGAUUAUCGCGAGGUUGAGUAGAUUAUUGUUCAUUUCCGGAUGAACGUCUGUCAUUCAAUGUACUGGUAAAAUUCAAGAAUUGCCGCAUUGGAGUUGAACCAGGAUCACGUCGUUCAUAAUAAGUCUUCUGUCAAGUAAAUAUAAUUCUAAGGGUUUUACGCUGCGAGAAAGGCUAUUUAACUAUAUUAUAAUAAAUCAGUAAUACCUAUCUGCCACUCUUAGUUUGCGGUGGUACGUCUGAUAAGCUACUAUUUACGCAUAAUGUGUACUAUAUAAUGUAUCGACAGCAAAGUCCUGUGUGAGUGAAAGCAUCCCUUCACAUACCGCAUUUAAGUUUACAUUGCCAUUCAUUUAUUGCCAUUUAUUCACGUUAUGUAACCAUUCGAAAUAAUGGUUGUGUGUUUGGCCUUGUGUAGGCAGGAUCGAUAUGAAUGUAAAAUUACGCGCGGGACUGAGUUUAUCGUGCACAUAAGCUACACAGUUUAGCCAUCAUGCAUGUGUUUGUCUGCUAAUAAGUAAUUUCAACUUAAUUAUUAGAUAGUUUCAUCUAACUACUGAUCGAUAUUUGUAUAUUCUCUGUGCACUGCCUAGCUUCCAUUCGCGCAUGUUUUUAAUGAGGACGAUUGUCCUAUUAUAGUCUGACAGAGAGCCCCAAAACUGACGUAUCUUGAAACUAGAUGACUACUGAAUCCUCAAAGACAGAAAGGGAAAUUAAUGUUAUCUACUGGUCCCUGUUUUAUCAGGACAAAUCAACUGAAAAUGUCCCGAUUAAGCAGUUAACACGUAACAUGUGUAACGAUUAUUUUUCAAAAACACGUUUAAAGGGAUACAUUUCUCUAGGUUCUUCAGAUAUUUUCAGCUAAGAUAGGUUAAAAUUAUGCUUCAUAAAAAGUUUUAUGGUUCAAUAUUUAUUAGAAAUAUUUAAAAAAAAUGUUUUAUGUUUUUGACAUACAGUUGCUUACAGCGACAGUGGUGCCACUGGCAGCGCACCCACUGAAAAAGUUGCGCAAAGCAACGUUUCGGCUGCAGGCUACAGACCCAGGGUGUUUUUUAUUUAU